UAUCUUCAAGCCCCUCCGUGCACCCGACGCAUCAUACAUCCCUCGUCUACCCCUCUAUCCUUCCCAUACCAUACCAUACCAUACCAUACCAUACCCCGUCAUUCGUUUCUUGUUUGCUUUUUGUUGUGCCUCUCCCGAAACAUGUUCAUCGCCUCGUCAUAGGGUAGUAAUCAUCCUUCCCUUCGUUCGUUACCGUACCUUAUUAUUAGUGCAUCAGACCCCUCCUCUCCCCGUUCCCCCCUCCUCCCUCCCCCCUUCCCGUCGCCGCCAAAGUUCAGCCCUGAGCCCGGCUCUCUCGUCUCCUCCCUUCCCCUGUGCCUGCGCUGGACAGCCUGGACCUCAUUAAUAAUUGGGCACGAACAGCGGUCCGUCUCGUGGUAUAUUGUGCUGGAUCUGACUGCGCUCCGUGCACACUCCACGCCCACUCUCUAGGACGGACAAGACCAGACUAACUGACUCCCUCUCCACUCCUUUCACCGUCCGCUACGUUGCGCUGGCUUGCUACGACCUCUCCUGCUGCUGUGACCAGAUCCCAAGGGAGACGAGUCUUCACCAGAUCCUUCGGUGCUCCGCUGUUGCACGACUUUGGCCCUCUGCCGGAUCUUGGGAGUGAUUUAAUAUCUCGCGCGAUCUCGAUAACAAACAAGCUAAGCUUUCAGUAGGGACCCCGCAGCUGCUCCCUAUUUGACUGACAACUAAGGUAGCUAACACGCUCUCGCAGACACCGCGCACGACCCCCCUUCAACGCGUUGGAAACACGCAGGACAAAGACAACGUCUCCAAAGUAUAAUCAUCGUUAUAUUCUUGCUGGAGCAAUUGGGUCUUCAAAAACCUGUCUUUCACGCACGACGAAUCCCUCGAGACUGUACAAACGGCCAUACCCGACCAAACAUACCUCAACAUCUCCCGACCUCCUCUGCAGACCUGGCCCUUCAUCUGGCAGGCCAAACGGCACGACGGCCGUAGGCCGUGUGAUACAUAAGAGAAUUGGAGGGGAACAUAUCUUCGAAACAUAAAUACAGUUACCAUGAGACGAAAUCGAGGAGGGCCCAGCUCUCCAUUCAGGACCAAUGGCGCACCCAUUCCAGACUCGUUGUCCCUGAUCAGAUCCUUCAAUAUCGAGACGAAUCCGACUCGUCCGGUACGACCGUCUCCUCUGACAGCCUCAACGAUUCCAGACAUGCCACUCGAUCUCGUGGAUCGCAUACGCUCGUUUCCUCUGUUCCUAUCCGCUCCCGAUUCCUUCCUCGCCGCUAUCGGCAAGCACCUGCGACCCCAGGUCCAUUCGCCACACGACAUAAUUUUGACAGAAGGCGAUGAGGCGAAAGCUAUGUAUUGGCUAGUGAGGGGUGCAGUGGCGGUUACAUCCCGAGAUGGCGAAGCUACAUAUGCCGAAUUGAGACCGGGAGCAUUCUUUGGAGAAAUCGGGAUUCUCAUGGAUGUCCCGCGCACGGCUACAAUAUUGGCGAGAACGAAAUGUCUUCUGGUGGUGUUGAAGAAGGAGGAUCUGAGGACGGAGUUGCCCAAUUAUCCUGAUAUGGAAAAAGCCAUUAUGGAGGAGGCUCAGGAAAGACUUACGAUUCUAAAUAAGAAAAGGAGGGAGAGUGGAUUUGGCCCGAAGCUGGUGUCCACUUCACUUCCUUCGAGGGGUGGCAAGCUCGCUCGUGAAGCUGCACCUGGGGAGGUGUCUACGGGAGAAAUGGGGGUGAUUAGAGAAGGCGCUGUGUUCAAUUCCAAGAAGCGGAAAUCUCCCAGUCCACAGACAAUUGAGGAUCCAGCUGCUGGCAGUGCUCUCGGAAGCGGUUUCGUGAAUGUCAGGAAGACCCUCAAGGAUCUGCCCCUGUUUUCAACAUUACCUCCGGAGAUUCUGCAUUUCCUGGGAUUGAGCGCCCAGCCGAAAACAUAUCCACCAUUUACUGACAUAAUUUUACAAGGAUCACCUGGGAACGAAAUAUAUUUUAUUGUACGAGGAGAGGCGGAAGUAAUUCACGAGACUACCCACGGGCAAAUGAUCAACCAGGCAUUAAGAGGCUCUUACAUACGGCCUAGGCUGAAGCAAGGCCAGUACUUUGGUGAGGUUGCCAGUCUAGCAUUGGCACCGAGGAGGACCGCAACUGUCAGAUCAAUCACGACGGUGGAGUGUUUACAGAUCAGUGGCGAAGUUCUAGAGGAAUUAUGGAGAAGAUGUCCGCCAGACAUACGGAGACAGGUGGAAGAGACGGCAAAGACGAGAAUAGGGAAGGCAGAUGAAGAUGGGGAUGUUCAGAUGACGGAUGCGGAUGCUCCUGCGAUCAACAGCUUGGAAAUCGAGGAUCGACCCUUAACUCCUGCCCGACAUUCUCUCCCAAAGGUCACUUUCACUCCAUCAAAACCUGCCAGUCCACAUAAGCCAAGUCGCGCUGAAGACAAAGAUAUCAUGGAACCGCUAGAUCCGGAUCCUUUCUUGAGUGUGGACAUGGAUAACAUGAGAGCAAGAUCUAGGAGAGGAUCUUACGCCCCCCCUGUCCCAGAAACAACCCCUACCGAAGAAUCAAACACGCAACAAGGUCCAAAAACGAGGUCAAGAACACAAAAUUCUACAAAGGCUACUCACACCACGACACCACCAGACUCCCAUUUCCGUCCAAAGCGGCCAAAGACUGUACAGAGGCGACCGAGUCAGUACAAUAGAGGGAUACUGCCAGAUGCUAUCUUGAUCAUGAUUUUCUCUUACUCGGAUAUCUACCAGCUCAUGCGCUUACGAUUGGUGUCUCUGCAUUGGUCCAAGCUUCUCACUACCUCCCCGAAAGUUUGCAAAAAUCUUGAUCUAUCAAUUUACAAUCGGAAGGUCACUAACAAAGCUCUUGUCGAUUUUAUUUGUCCGUUUGUUGGCAAGCGAGCACUCAAUAUCGACAUCAGCAAUUGUUUCCACAUCACGGAUGAAGGCUUCGCCGCGCUCUCAACCGUAUGUGGAGCUGGUGUACAUGCCUGGAAGAUGAAAAGCGUGUGGGACAUUACUGCAAACGCCGUUCUUGAAAUGGCCAACAAUGCCAAAGAGCUCGAAGAAAUCGAUCUUUCCAAUUGCCGCAAAGUCAGCGAUAACCUCCUCGCACGUAUCGUUGGCUGGGUCGUGACAGAACCAACUGCAGCCCAACAACAAAAUGCUGCAAGGUACAAGCAGCAGAAUAUCACAAUUCCGCCUGUCGGCACAGUGGUUGGCUGUCCGAAACUCAAGAAGCUCACACUGAGCUACUGCAAGCACGUGACUGAUCGUUCAAUGGCCCACCUAGCCGUUCAUGCACAUCAGAGACUCCAGAGCAUGGAUCUUACGCGCUGCACAACCAUCACGGAUGGUGGCUUUCAGCACUGGAGUAUCUACAAAUUUGCGAAGUUGGAGAAGCUCAUACUGGCGGAUUGCACGUAUUUGACAGAUAACGCGAUUGUGUAUCUGACAAAUGCUGCGAAGGGGCUGAAGGAGUUGGAUUUGUCCUUCUGCUGCGCCCUCUCCGACACCGCCACCGAAGUCCUCUCCCUCGGCUGCCCACAACUCCGCUCCCUCAAACUCGCCUUCUGCGGGUCCGCUGUGUCCGACUCCUCCCUCCGCUCCAUCGGCCUGCAUCUCCUCGAACUCAAAGAACUCUCCGUUCGCGGCUGCGUGCGCGUCACAGGUGUGGGUGUCGAGGCUGUGGUCGAGGGAUGCACGAUCUUGGAGACUUUCGAUGUUUCGCAGUGUAAGAACUUGCAGAAGUGGUUGGAUGCCGGGGGCGAGGAGAGGAGUAGGAGGAUGUAUGGACGGAAGGGACUGGUUUUUGAGACGAAGAAGGGGAGUGGGAGUUUGAGGUGAGGUGGGGAGGUGCUGAGGGCUCUGAGUUCUCGGCUUUGGUGUAUCGAUGAAUUACUCGGGAAAGAACUCGGGGUUUAUGUGCGCUGUUGUCGACCCUACUGCAGCUUGUUGGAGUGGCAAAUGGUUUAAGCGGCGCAUAUACGGUGGAUGUUGUUGUUGAUGUUGUUAAGCGAGGCGCAUUGGGCGCGAGAGCGAGUGAGCGAGCGAGCAUGCGAAUAUCAUGACUUCCCACGCAUGUAUUUAUGUAUCUACGACCGAAAUGAUUGGAAACACGGGGACCGGCUGGCUGGAUAUUCUGUAUGUAUGUAUACCUUUUUACUAACUAUUUUUUUUUUCUUGAGUGCUUUUAUCUCCGCAUUUGAGUUUUUGGGGCUGGGUUUUGGGUUUGGGAAAUAGAUUUUGGGAUUUGGUGUGGAUGAGAUGAGAUGAGAUGAGAUGAGAAGAGAGGAGACGGGAUGUGUACAAACUUAUAACAGAGGGGUGGGUAUAGGGGUAUUGGGGUUUUAGGAAUAGGAAUAGGAAUAGGAAUACAGGACUGAGUUGUUAUAUGAAGGAAUUGGACUGGAGAUAUCUACUGAAAAUGAACGAAGGAUAUUUGACAUUUGUGAAAGAUCAAAAAGAAGCCUUGAGAUAGCAUCUCGCCCUCCCUAACUUCUUAACAAGAAGAUUAAAAGCUCACCGACUUCCUCCUCCUCCGCCCUCCACCCUCAAAUGCGGCGCCCCAUACGUAUAAUAAAACCCACUAUACCACCCACCCCCCUUCAGCAUCCAAGCCGGAUCCCCCAACUGCACCACCUC